GAUCAAUAGCACACCCAUAUCUGGCCCAAAUCUGGCUUGUGCUUGUCCCGAUGCCAGCGACGAAGUCCCGCAACGAUGUCGACGGAGACCCAUCACCUCCAUCAGCUCGGGAGGCAUGCAUAGCUGACAUGGACUCGGUCGACCCUCAAGAUAUUGAGCUUGGUCCUAUUAUCGGGAACGGAGCAUUCUCAACGGUCUUCUCGGCGACGUACAAAGGGGAGCGCGUGGCCCUCAAGCGCCAAGCGUAUGGUGAGCAUAUCUUGCGCGAACUCUCCGUCCUCAAGCAAAUCGAUCACCCGAGUUUGCUUCGGUACAUUGGUUCGUGUGAGUACAAUCAUCAGGACUCGAAGGAGGUGUGGAUUCUGUCCGAGUUUGUCGGCGGCGGCGACGUGAGCAAGUACUUGAAGGGCAAGAAGUCCCCUCGCUUGACGUGGAAGGAAACGGUGCAGAUUGCAUUGGAUGCCGCCGAGGGACUUCGAUAUAUGCAUGAAAGACACAUUAUCCAUCGCGACAUCAAAGCGGCCAACAUGCUGCUUGACGACAACUUACGAAUUCGUCUGUGCGACUUUGGGUUUGCACGCGAAGUGGCAUCCGACAACGAGAACAAUGCCAUACAGGACGACGGUCCGUCCCCGCAAUCGUUCCAGACGCACGGGCGACGCAUGUCGCUCUGCGGCACAGACACGUACAUGCCUCCGGAAAUGUUAUUUGAAGAAGACUACAACGAAAGCGCCGACAUUUUUAGCUACGGCGUUGUCCUCAUCGAGUUGCUCUGUCGUCGCCACAUCAACGAAGAUGGAUUUCUCAAGCGUCAACCGGCCAAAAACUUUGCCAUUGACUUGGACCAAUUUCGCUCGAGUGUUCGUCCAUCAUGUCCGCCGUCGUUGGUGCUGCUGGCGGAGAAUUGCACUGCCUUUGAGCCGUCCAAUAGACCCACUGCACGAGAAGUUUGUUCAAACAAAAACGCUGCGGAAAACAAAGCUAAUGCUGACGUGGUGCAGGUGGUCGAGUGGCUGGAAGAUCUCCAGAAAGACUUGAACGAAACGCGCAUCUAUCGCCGAUCGUCGUCGUCGUUUGGUGUCCCAGAGGGUGACGACGAAGCGUCGUUGAGCGACUCGUUCGCGUCGUCCGCGGGGCUGCAUCCUUACGACAUGGACAGUGGCGACGAUGAUUGCGAACCGUCGGCCCACCUCCAUGAAAAUGACGAAGCCCACUUUGACGAAACGUCUGCGCCAUCGUACGCCGGGCCACUGCUCAUGCCACAUGGUCACAUGCAUCGAUGGCGACAACGAUGGGUCGUGAUUCAAAACUCGAUCGUGUGGAUUUUCAAGAACCAGAAACAGUACCAGUUGCAUCGACAGCUCACGGACGAAGAGUCGUACAGCGACGGCAAACGCAGCGCCAAGCUCCCGAUCUCGACCCCGUUGGCUGGAUGUGUUCUCAAGCAGGUGUGUCUGGCCUCGUCGAAAUGCACUUGGGAUGGCAAGUGUCUGUCGUAGAAAAUGACGAAUCGUCGGUGGACACUGAGCCACCCCGCGCGAAACAUCAAGUGGAAGUUCCAGGCUUCGACUUCGCACGACAUGCAGCUGUGGGUCGCGAUCGUAUCUCGAGCCAUCACAGUGGCAGACUACCUCGCGGCGGGCGACGGGUCUUCCAUGCCGACUGACCCCGUCGACACUUCAGACGAAAUCUACUCAUGGCUCGACACCCUGGGGUUGGCGUGCUACUUUCACACGUUCAAGACAAAAGGGUUUGCAACGUUGGAUUUUAUUCGCGAGACGGGGCUUGGCGAAGACGAUUUCAACUUUUUGAACAUUCACAACGACGACCAUCGCCAGACACUCUCCCAUGCGGCACUGGUCUUGCGUGGCGAAUCCGUGUGAAUGCGCGCGCCAUGGAUUGUACAGAGAAAGCCAUCCCUCGUGGAAUCCCAUCCAUGAAGUCGUGUGCCGUGUUUUGAAAUCAACGUUUAAAUUGUUAACUCGUGCGAUGAACCCA